AUGGGCUUCAUCUCAGUUGAAGAUGCGCGUCUUCCUGCGCCAACAAAUGGAACAAAGACACACGAGACGACAGGCCCUGCCUUCACCUCAUUUAAUGUUGAAGCACUUGCCUCUGACAAGGCCACACCGACUGGAAUGAAAGAAGAGGUCGUUCUAUUGUCAUGGCUCAUCGUGCUGUUACGGAGUCGCGAGGACACUCAAGUAUCUUACGACUGGUCCUACACGAAUGGCCAAAAUGGCCAGCAAAUCACAAAUAAAUUGUCAAUGAAUGAAGUCAUGAAAGGACUCGAAAGUAACGUCGGAGAAGUGGCGACUGCAAUUCUCCAAACCAUUCCAACAGGAUCAUCAUCCUCGACCUCAAUGAUCCUGAGCACGAGCACUCUGGUGCAGACAUCGGAAACAAUUAAAGAUGAAGGUGCAAUUCACCUUGAAGUUCGUUUGGAUGAGGGCAACGUCCAAAUACGCCCAGUGUGGCAGACAGAGAACAUGCUGCCAUACACAGUCAACCACCACGUGGAAGCACUGGCAGACACAAUCAGAGUGUGUCUCAGGAACUUCGAAGCAACCAUCCAGCAAUGCCUAAAGCCAACUGCGAGUGAUCUGAAUGAUAUUUGGGGCUGGAACCAUGAAUUGCCACCCACAUACAGCUUCUGCAUGCAAGAAAUGGUCGCUGAACGAGCCAGCGAGUACCCAGAGAAGAUUGCCAUCGAUUCAUGGGAUGGCAGCCUGAGCUACGGCCAGAUUGAUGAGUGGUCCACCUCUGUCGCACGUUCCCUUCACGAAAUGGGCGUCCAGCUGCACGAUGUUGUUCCUGUCUGCUUUGAGAAAUCAAGGUGGACCAUUGUUGCCGUUCUUGGAGUUAUGAAGGCAGGUGCCACACUUGCACUUAUGGACCCAACACUCCCGCUUGCUCGUCUGCAGAACAUGGCAGUUCAGGUUGGCGGCAAGGCGAUGGUUGCUUCCCGGAAGCAGUACGAGCUGUCUCUGACCAUCAUGCCAGAAGGCAAGCAUUUCGUUGUCGAGGAAGAUGCAUUCAAAAACCUCUCUUCUUCGCCAUCGGUUUCAGAACUCCCUGUUGUACCACCAUCCGCUCUCAUGUACAUCAUCUUCACCUCUGGCAGCACAGGCACACCCAAGGGCGUGAAGAUUUCCCACGAAACUUAUACCAGCAGUGCCAUUCCUCGAGCCAAGGCAGUUGGUUACACACCAGAGUCCCGAGUUCUCGACUUCGCAUCCUACGCUUUUGAUGUCAGUAUUGAUAGCAUGCUUUUGACGCUCGGAAACGGCGGAUGUCUUUGCAUUCCCUCCGACGAGGACCGACUCAACGAUAUCAACGAAGUCAUCAGAAAAAUGAGAAUUAAUUAUGCCGGUCUCACUCCAUCGGUGGGCCGAAUCUUGGACGGCGAUGUCAUCGCAUCCCUGAGUGGUCUCGGUCUAGGAGGCGAGGCUGUCUCCGCAAGGGAUGCCAACCAUUGGGGCAAGGAAACCAGAAUCAUUAUCGGUUACGGUCCUUGUGAAUGCACCAUCGGAUGCACAGUGAACAGCAGCGCCGCGACCGGCCGGGACUAUCUCUCCAUCGGCCCCGGUAACGGAGCAGCGAUGUGGAUUGCCAAUCCCAACGACCACAACGAACUCGUUCCCGUCGGUGGCGUUGGUGAACUGCUUGUCGAAGGCCCGAUCGUUGGACAAGGCUACCUGAACGACCCUGAGAAGACUGCAGCCUCGUUCAUCAAUGAUCCCCCCUGGUUGGUUGCAGGCCACAAACAAUACGCUGGUCGUCGGGGCCGUCUGUACAAAACAGGAGAUCUUGGAAGAUAUGACCCCGACGGACUCGGAGGCAUUGUCUUCGUCGGACGAAAGGAUACUCAGGUCAAGCUGCGCGGUCAGCGUGUCGAGCUUGGGGAGAUUGAGAGUCAACACACAGCCGUCCUACCCUCGGAGGCCAACAUCAUUGCCGAGGUCAUUACCCCCAAGGAUUAUGGUGGUCAGGCAAUGCUUGUGGCAUUCGUUGCAUUCCAACCCAAGGGCCAUGGAAAUUCUGAGCUCGCUCUGGAUGAACUCUCCAGUGAGUUGAGCAGCGUCCUUUCAAACGCCCAAAAGGAGGUGGCAAAGACUUUACCACGCUACAUGGUUCCAACCACCUACAUUCCAGUCAACCUAAUUCCAGUGUUGAUUUCAGGAAAGACUGAUCGCAAGCAACUCCGAGCAUUCGGUGCCGCAGUUGAUCUGCGCCAACUGGAUCAGGAGGCAGCUAGCUCUGCGUCUCGAGAACUGACCGAGCUCGAACAACGCCUACGACAGAGCUGGGCUGAAGUCCUGAAGCUUGAUGCGGAGAGUAUUCGCCCUGGAGACAACUUCUUUGCCUUGGGUGGUGACUCGUUGGCAGCAAUGAGACUUGUCUCUGUCUGCAGAUCCCAAGAGCUCGAUUUGUCUGUUAUCAGCACCUUCGCGAACCCCACUCUUGAAGCAAUGGCCAGCGUGGUCCAGCAAUGCAGCUCUCAGGAGGAUGUCAAGAUCCCAGAGUUCUCAUUGAUCUCUCAAUCAGCUGAAAGUGCCCGCCUCGAGGCAGCGGAAGCCUGUGGAGUCUCACAGGCGGAAGUGGAAGAUAUUUAUCUCUGCACUCCCACCCAGGAGUCGCUCUUUACAUUCUCGCUCAAAUCGAAGAAGGCAUACAUUGCCCAGCGAGUGGCAUGCAUUCCUUCCCACAUUGACACCGAAGCCUGGAAGAAGGCAUGGGAAACCGUCGUCGCUGCAAGCCCUAUCUUGCGCUCCCGCCUCGCACCACUCCAAGAUCCGGGUCUUCAGCAGAUCGUCUUGAAGGAAGGCAUCUCCUGGAGAUAUGCUACUGACCUUGAGCAAUAUCUGCAGAGCGACCGAAGUGAGCGAAUGAAUCUUGGUCAAAGUCUAGCUCGAUACGGUAUUGUCACCAGCGAAGCCGAUGACAAGCGGUACAUGAUCUGGACUGUGCAUCACGUUCUUUACGAUGGAUGGUCUGAGCCCAUUGUCCUCAAGCAGGUUAGCGAUGCCUUGCAGGGCCAAUCUGCCGAAAUUCAGACACAGAUGCGGAACUUUGUCAAAUACGUCCGCGACACAGAUGAGACUGCCAUGCAUGAUUUCUGGAGGCGAGAGUUGAAGGGCGCCGUUGGUCCCCAAUUCCCCCGUCUGCCAUCUCGAGACUUCAUGCCAACUCCCACUGCUCUGAUUGAGCACCAAAUCGACAUUGAGGCUGGUUCUGGAUCGCCUUUCACAAUGGCGACCCUCAUCCGCGGUGCCUGGGCUCUUGUCGCAUCGCAGUACACGGGCAGUGAUGAUGUCGUGUUUGGAGAGACUCUGACUGGUCGUGAUAUCCCCCUGCCUGGCGUUGAGUCCAUUGUCGGACCUCUCAUCGCAACCAUUCCGAUCCGCAUUCACGUCCGCCGUUCCAGCUCCGUCCAAGAUUACCUGCAGACUGUUCAACAAGCCAUCUUGGCUCGCACCCCCUACCAACACAUGGGAAUGCAGAACAUCAGAAAGGUCAGCCAAGAUGCCCAAUAUGCAUGUGAAGCCGGUACAGGUCUGGUUAUCCAGCCCGACCCUGAGUACGUGGGUAGUGAACUUGGAUUCGAACUCGGAGACGUCGUGCGCGAAGCCCUCCACUUCAACCCCUACCCACUCAUGGUGGCAUUUGGUAUUCGCAAGGGUGGGCUCAGAGUCUGUGCAAGCUUUGACAGCACUCUGAUUGAAGGCUCGCAGAUGCAGCGUGUCCUCGCCCAGCUGGAGACUGCCUGUUUGCAAUUGUCUAAGGGUCUUGACAAGAGAAUCGAUGAGAUCUCCUGUCUUCCUGAGACUCAAGUCAAUCAGAUCUGGCAAUGGAACCAGGCUCCUCCUCUGUCGGUGGACGAGUCAUCCGGCAACUUACGGGCCAAUGCCACCCUCAAGCAAGGAUCUGUAUAUCCUCGUGCGGUGAUGCCUUGGGUUUGUGAUGCACGAAACCCCGCUCUCUUGGCUCCCAUUGGCAGUGCUGGUGAGCUCUGGCUUGAGGGAGCUUGUCUUUCCGGUGAGACAUUCGAUUCUCCAGCCUGGCUCGCAGCUGGUAGCUCCGAGUUUGCUGGUCGAACAGGAAAGGUGCAACCCACGGGCGACAUUGUUCAGCUUCAACACGAUGGUAGUCUUGUUUUCGUCGGCAGAAAGGAGAACGUUGUGCCACUCCAAGGUCAUGCAGUGGACAUUGCAGACCUUGAAAGUCACUUUGCCAAGCACCUCCCUCAUUUGACCCGCGCCGCUGCAUCUGUGUUCCAGCCUUUGAGAGAAGGCUCCCAAAAGGUGACAGAGCAAGAAUUGGUCGUCUUUGUCGAGAACCUUCCGUCCCAAGAGGAGACUGUCAAGAUUCUAGCGGAGAAGCAUCAGAUUUCCGGCGAUGAUACCAUGAUCUGUGACGCCGUUCCUGUGUCUCUGGCUGUGUCGCUCAAGAAGCUCGACAAGUACAUUCGCGACUCAUUGCCAUCGUACAUGGCCCCCUCGGCAUACGUGGUUGUUGACAAGUUGCCCACUCAGCUGGAGCAGCUGGAGCACACUUUCCUCAACCAGUUGGGUGCAAAGAUCCCUCAGAGUGUUCUCGAUCAGGUCCGAGAAGGCUUGAAGGAUGCCUGGACAAAGGGUAUUGCCCAGACAAAGCUUUCACCCACAGAAAAGAUUCUCCAGGCGGCCUGGGCCAAGAUCCUCCGACUGAGCCCUGAGCAGAUUGAUGUCGAUGACAACUUUUUCCGUCUUGGUGGUGACUCUGUAUUGGCAAUGAAGUUGGUGUCUAGUCUCAGAACAGAUGGACACAGUCUCUCGGUCGCGGAUAUCUUCCAACACAUGCGUCUUGGCGAUGCCGCCAAGGUGUUGAGAGUGGACCAAGCAAAGGCGAACGUGCAACCCCACAAGCCCUUCGCCGCUUUGAGCAACCUUGAUGUCAAGAUGUUCUUGGCUUCAACCGUCCGGCCCAAGCUUGCGAACCCGGGAUGGCCUGUGCAGGAUGUCUUCCCUGUCACAGACUCACAAGCACUUGAUGUCAGAGGAACCAUUGGAGCACCGCGCACUUCCUACCAAUAUACCAUGCUGUACUUUGAUCAUAAUAUCGAUACUGAACAGUUGCUGCGCGCUUGCAACGAUCUGGUCCAAACUCACGAGGUCCUUCGCACUGUGUUCAUUGAGCACGAGUCGAGCUUCCUCCAAGUAGUUUUGGAAGCAGCCACCGUCCAGGUGCCUAUGCACAAGACAGACCAAGACAUCGAGACAUACGUCAAUGGUGUCUGCAAGUCUGACAUCGAGUCAGACUUCGAGCUUGGCUCACCGUUCUUCAAGAUUUUCCAUGUCGCAGGCGAAAAUGGAAAGCAGUGUCUUGUGCUGGGUCUUUCACACGCUCAGUACGACGGUGUCUCGCUGCCAAGAUUGCUGCAGGAUUUGGAGACCUUGUACACCGGAGGCAAGGUCGUCGACUUCGAGCCAUUCGCUUCAUACGUCGCCCGCGUUUCAGAUGGACGCCUCCAAACCCAAGCAGUGAACUACUGGACCAACCUUCUCAAGGACUCAUCUUUGUCCGUCCUCGAAGGACCCACCGUCCACCCAACCGACAAGGCAAUCUUCCACGAAAAGGCCGUGGACAACUUCCAACCCGUGCCAGAAAUCACCACCGCCAACGUCCUCACCGCGGCCUGGGCACUCGUCCUCGCCCGUCGCCUCAGCAAGCCAGACGUAGCAUUCGGCACAGUCACUUCCGGCCGAACCAUCGACCUCGCAAAUGUCGAAAACGUCAUGGGCCCAUGCUACCAACUGACGCCUGUCAGAGUGAAGUUCGAAUCCCAAUGGACAGCAAUGGACCUUCUUCGAUUCGUACAGAAGCAAAGCGCCGAGUCUGCAGCUCAUGACUUCCUCGGCUUUGACAAGGUCUCCAAGCAAUGUGCGCAGUGGUCACCUGAGAUGCGGUCGUUUGACUCGAUCGUCCAUCACCAGGAUUGGGAGGAUUUCGAUGAUAUGCCCUUCGCUGGAUCUUCUGCUAAGGUCGAUAUCUCUAACCCGCAUGGUGAUGCUGCUUAUCCACUCAAGGCUGUUUCUUUUGUUAAGGGCGGGAAGAUGCAUGUUGGUUUCGUUGGGAGUGAGAGAGAUGCUGCGUUUGUGGAUGCUACUUUGGAUGAAUUGGCUGCGGCUGUUCAAGAGUUGUCGACGUGUCAGACAGAGCCUUUGGUGCUCAGUGCUUGA